GUGUUUACUGUUGAUCCAUAUCUGAUACUUUUGAAGGGUUUUUAACCCCUCCAAGAGAGACUAAAAGAGCAUUCAAAAUUAGUCUAGACGCAGUGUACUGUAACUACUUGGCCGGCCACCUGUAACAGAGGGGAGGAGGAUCUGCACUUAGUUGCGGCAGUUAUCUGGAGAAUACGGCCUUCCAGCCCCUCUGCCACCAGACUCCCCCGCCCCAGGUACGCGCCCCGCGGAGAGACCAAGCGCGUGCUCGUGCGCAAGCGCACGGCGACUGUCACCCGGCGUCUGUGGUUUGUCACUCGGCGCUCUGGUGUCUCGAUGUAGUUCCCCUGGCUUCUCCUUGUCCGCCUCGGGCAGGGGGGUCGCCACUGCCCCUUCUCCAGGCUCUCUCCAACCCCUGCCCAGGCUAAGCCCGGCGCGGCCCUACCCUCUGACCUCGCGUUGCACAAUGCCCGAGCAAAGUCUCCAGGGGUGUGAACCCCGGCGUCCCUGCCCCUGGGCGGGGACGGGCGGCGGCCAAGCGGGGAGUCGAGGCGGCGAGCGCGCAGCUGGCCUAGUCUGCGGUCCCCAACUCCUCGAGUCCCCUGGGAGCCGCCGCUGCAGGCCCCCGAGCCGCUAGGCCCCGCCGCCAAGCCAGCGCCGCUGCGGCAGCCAUGGCGGAAGUUCAUAGACGUCAGCAUGCUCGGGUUAAAGGAGAAGCCCCCGCGAAAUCCUCCACACUCCGAGAUGAGGAGGAGCUGGGGAUGGCGUCGGCCGAAACGCUGACCGUUUUUCUGAAGCUGCUGGCCGCCGGCUUUUACGGCGUGAGCUCCUUCCUGAUCGUGGUGGUGAAUAAGAGCGUGCUCACCAAUUACAGAUUUCCCUCCUCACUAUGUGUUGGACUUGGCCAGAUGGUGGCCACAGUGGCAGUUCUCUGGGUGGGAAAGGCGCUCAGAGUAGUCAAGUUUCCUGACCUUGACAGAAACGUACCUCGAAAGACGUUUCCACUACCUCUACUAUAUUUUGGGAACCAAAUCACGGGACUGUUCAGCACAAAGAAACUGAACUUGCCAAUGUUUACAGUUCUGAGAAGGUUCUCCAUCCUGUUUACAAUGUUUGCUGAAGGAGUUUUACUCAAGAAGACUUUUUCUUGGGGUAUUAAAAUGACUGUAUUUGCAAUGAUUAUUGGAGCCUUUGUAGCUGCCAGCUCUGACUUGGCAUUUGAUCUGGAAGGAUAUGUUUUUAUUCUGAUAAACGAUGUCCUGACAGCAGCAAAUGGUGCAUACGUAAAACAAAAAUUAGAUUCAAAAGAGCUGGGAAAAUAUGGACUGCUCUAUUAUAAUGCACUGUUCAUGAUUCUGCCCACCCUGGCCAUUGCGUAUUUCACAGGAGAUGCACAAAAGGCUGUGGAGUUUGAAGGCUGGGCUGACACCCUGUUUCUUCUGCAGUUCACCCUCUCCUGUGUGAUGGGGUUUAUCUUAAUGUACGCCACAGUACUCUGCACCCAGUAUAAUUCUGCUCUUACAACUACAAUAGUUGGCUGCAUUAAGAAUAUAUUAAUAACUUAUAUUGGAAUGGUCUUUGGUGGAGAUUAUAUUUUCACGUGGACAAACUUCAUUGGUUUAAAUAUCAGCAUUGCUGGGAGCCUGGUGUAUUCCUAUAUCACUUUCACUGAAGAGCAGCUGAGCAAACAGUCAGAGGCUAAUAACAAGCUGGAUAUUAAGGGGAAAGGAGCAGUGUGACCGGAGGAUUGCUUCAUCUGAUACGUAGGCCUAAGUUUUUAAUCAACUCAGAACACUGGCAGUUCCUACACAGACACUGAGGUGUCUUGAUUAUGGAGGAAAUAACCAUUCCUUUGCACUUGUACAAUCUGAGGAUUGAUUGCUGCCUUUUAAAAUUUUAUGAAGAGAGAAACUUAUAAUUGACUCUAUUUUAAAUACGUUGUUUGAAUUAAUUUAUAUCAGACUGGAAAAUGUACUGGGCUUUUUAAUUUAAUUUUUUUCUAUGCCGACAGUGAAACAUCAGUGUUUUGAAAGUAUUUUAUUUCAUAAUUUGAUAUCCAGGUGUCCCUGAGAGCUGCAUAUAUAAUGUUUGCCAACUGGAGCUUCAUCAUUCAAAUUGUUGCUGCAUCUGGAGGCAGUUUAGCCUUUCCUCUGCUGGAAAUGCAGACGAAUAUGUGAAAUUUCUCUUCUCUGAAUCUUAUUUCUUAUGAUUGCAUUGUCUUCAUCAUAUCAUCAUUCCAUUUGCCAAGGAAAACAACUUUGGCACUAUAAAAAUAUGUGGGGUUUGAAGUGUAUUGCUAUGUUGGCUUCCCUGAUUUUCAUAGGAUGAGCAGAGUGCAUUCCUUGAAAACGUUCUUUUUUUGUUGUGUAGAAUGGGGAUAAUGAAGGGGGUGAGAAAGUAGGCCUUUUACUAAUUUUUCAUCUAUUUGAUUUAUUGAUUCAACUAAAAUGUUUUAAGUAUAUGUGCCAGGCAUUGUGCUAAAUGCUGGAGAUACAGAGGUGUUUGCAGAGGUAGUUGAAACAUCUCACUCCUGCCAUAGUGACUGAGGUAAGGUUGAGAAUUUAGCUCUGUUAAUCCAUUCAGAAGAUGUCACUAGAAGUAAGUUGUUUCAGCACUCAAAAGCCUCAAAUCUGUAAAUUGGAUUAAAAACACCUGCCCUACCUAUCCAGCAAUAGUGUGAAUCCAAAUGCUGCAAUGUGAGAUGAGGUACAAGUAAAGAGCUGUGUUUUGUAAACCAGUGCAGCUCAGCAUUGACUCCCUCUCUAAGUGAAAAUUGCAGACAGGCAAGUCUGUUUUCCCUUGCCUCCUUCCUUUGGGUUUGGUUGCUCUUUAGAUGAAUAUGAUGAGAUCCCACAUUUCUGAAUUUAUUGGUUUGAGGGGAAAGGCUGGUUAGAUGUCUUUGUAUUGUCAAUGGUUGGUUUUUGUCUGGCAGUGUCAGUGUUAGAACUAUCAUCUUCCUUCUUAAAUGGCAUGAGCAAUGAGCAAACUUCCCUCCUUUCAACAUUCUCACCUACAUCAUAUGCCCCUUGGCUCACCUACUGAGCUUGCCAACUUCUCUCAAAACCAGUGCUGCAUUUUGGGAGAGCAGCUGUGAAUGGGCACUGCCUAAAUUGCCUCUUGGGGUAAUCUGGAGGGUGGAGGUGUUAACUCAAACAUAAUCGUAUGACUUGACUCAGAGAUAUCCAUUGACUUUGAGGAUUAGUGUGUUUGCUUAGGCCAGUUGUGCAGCCAGUGUGCAAGAGAUUUGGUACCUUUGCACUAAUGCACACACCAGUGUCUAUUUCAUUGGGUUUGGAAUCCACUGAACUCUGUUGACCUAAACAGUUAGGGUUUUGAUUUUUUUUUUUUUUGAUUUGCAAAUUUAUAUUGAGAUCAUUUUCAUAUUCCUGUCUUUCUCUUUUGGUUUGUCUUUACUAAAGCUUGGCUGGUGGUGCUAUGUCCCUAGAAUUAUCCCUGCAGCCAACUCCCAAGUUACAAGCUUCAUUAAGAGCCUUAGACUCACUUUUUUCUAGCAUCUUCUGACCUGAGAAAAUUCCACUGGGAGUAAAGGAUAUUAUCUUGUGUCAUAUGCGUCUUACUCUCCCUAUUUUACCAAUGAGAAAACAAAACUCAGAGAAAGAUGACUUGCUAAUACAUCAAACCCAUUUCCUUUUUAUUGAACUAUGCUGCCAUUUAAUUAACCGCCCUUCCCCUCUGAGGGAGUAGGGAAACAGAUCCUGAGUUCACUUGAGCACUUUCAAAAAAGCAAGCAGUUGAUUGAAUUUGGUGUCAGAGAGGAGCAUACUUUGCAAAUCAGGAAGAGUGACAGGUUACCCUGUCCUGGAACCCUUAUCCCACUUCCAGGCUGACUUUAGUUGUUAAUGCACUUCUGGCUGUAAAUGUUGCCAACACUUCCUGGUUUUGCUUAGGUACAGUGAAAGGGCAUAGUGAGAGCUAUUUUUAGUGAUUCUGUUCCUUCUGUCAGCAACAUGAAGGAGGGAUGUUUGAAUAAUUUUUGUUGUAGAAUAUUUCUUCAUGAAAGGCUUUUGGGUGUCUUUAACAGGUGUUGGGCUAGAGCCCCACCAGGAGUUGAACUGCCUUUUGGGGGUCAGGUUCCCUAGGAGAUCUGUCACCUCUUCAGGAGUAUUUGAGAACAUUGUGUAGCUACAGCUUCACUAAAUGCACCUGACAGGCUUCUGUGCCUUGGGAGCCCUGGCUUAUGCUGAAACUUCUGGCUGACCAGAGCAGUACAGCAACUUCUGCCCUGUCUGUGUUCUGCUUCCUGGAUGCCUCCUUCAGCUGCUAACCAGCAUUGCAGGAUGGAGCAGGGUGAACAAGCUGGAGACUGAAUAGUCUUUUGGAUUUUGUGUUUUGAUUAUUGCAGGCCUGUUAUAAUAUACUGGUGAUUUACCUGGUACUGUGGCACCUCCCAGAAAGUCUGGUUUUUGCCCCAUGUUUGAUAUUUACUAGGCAGAAAUUCUUUGUCCUGUUAACUGCCUCCUGGGAGAAAAAGAGGCAAUAUAGAGUUAAAUCCUAAAUUUGCCCACUGAGACAGAUGAGCUGUGGUAUUCCAAAAGACAAAUUCUAUGACUAGUGGCUCCUGUUCAAUGUAAGUGAGACCCUCUUUGGCCAAUCUGCUUCUAGUCAAGGCUAAAUGGAUUGGAAUAACCCUAGUUGGCCAGGCUACACAUUGCCAACAUGUCCCGUUGAGUUUUAAUUGCCCCAUGUGGCUGUGGACUUUAUGAGUCAAUCAUUUAUAGGCUCCAGUUUGCACCUAGUUUUUUUUUAAAAAAGUGCAUUUAUACGCUUUUGGUAGUCCUGUUUUAUCAAGAAUCCAUGGAGGGUUUUGGUCAGUACAGCUGGUGCAGGAUCCUCACAGAGAAACAGUGGAGUUUCACAUUGAAUUGGUUUGAAAUGGCACCCCAGGACUUUGGGCCUGCCUUACUUUAUAGCCUCGUUCAGUGAGCAAAAAUUUAGUGAGCAGCUGUUGUAUGCCAAGCAUUUUGCUAAGCUCUGGAAAAAAGAUAAACAAGACAUGGUUCUUGCUUUCAAGGAGUGUGUAAUUCUUUAACCAGAUAUGGUAACCUGGACCCUGAGUGGGAGAAAGGAGACAGAUGAAAGGAGUCCCUGAUUUUGUAACCAAGAGCUGCCUGCAUAGUUAUGAGUAUCACUGAUUUUAGGGGCAUCCCACAGAGCUAAAGCAUUUUUUUAAUCUGAGAGGACUUUUGUAACUCAUAUUAAUCUUCUAGCUCUGAGAUAGCAACACAGCUCUUAGAAUUCUGUAAGUAGCUUGAGGCCUUCUCCUCUACUGUACAUGUUCUUGCUUUCCCAAAACUGUAAGUUUGGUUUUUCCUAUAAACAGGACUGUAAUUGAUUUUUCUCUCCCUGAGGAAAAAAGUUCAGAAUAAAUGAGACAUGGAUAUGAAACUACUUAGCACAAUGCCUGGUACAUAUUAGGCACUCAGCAAAUGUGGCUACCGUGUCAUUAUUUCAUGGUGAGACUCAAGGCAAAACAAGAUUCUUAAUUUAUGCUCUGUAAAUGCUAGAGGUUUGGGCAGUAUGGUAUAUCCUGAAAAACAGGACCCUGUGUCUCAUUGCCUCUAGAAUCCUUAGGUAGCAGUUUCUGUUCACUGUCUCUUCUUUUUUAAAAAUAUCUGCUGGACACAAUUAUGGCCAUUACAUGAUGCAAGUGAUUCUACCUAUUUUUAAAAAAGAACAAAAUUGCUUUUAUAUUGUGACGGUACAUUUUAAUAAAGGAAAAUUAUUUUCUUCCCCCUCCUCCCCCUCGUUUUUUUUUUUUUUUUUUUUUUUUUAAAUAAACAAGGUCUUGCUCUGUCGCCAGCCAGGCUGGAGUGUAAUGGCGUAAUCAUAGCAGCUCACCACAGUCUCAAACUCCUAGGCUCAAGUGAUCCUCCUGCCUUAGCCUGCUAAGUAGCUACGACUAUAGGCAUGUGCCAUUACGCCUGGCUCAUUUCUUCCUUUUUUUUUUUUUUUUUUUCUGGUAAAGACAGGGUCUCACUGUGUUGCCAGACUGGUCUCAAACUCCUGGCCUCAAGUAACUCUUCUGUCUCAGCCUCCCAAAGUGCUGGGAUUACAGGUGUGUGCCACAUGUCCGGCCAGGAAAAUUAUUUUCUAUCUUAAAGAAAGAUAAUUACAUUUUAGAAUGGCAAUUCAGUUAAAUCUUUCUCAGUUUUUUACCUUAAGAUGGCUCCUGGAAAGGCCAGCGUUCCUUUUCCCCUCUCUGAAUUGAAAGCACUUGACCCCAUGCUGCCCCUGCUUGCAGGCCUGUCUCAGUUGUCAUAUAUUGUGAGUCCCUGGCACCAUUACUGUUUUCUAAGCCAGUCUUCUAGGUCUUACUUUCAGGAUGCUGCUUCAUGGUAUGAGGAUAUAGUUUACAGUGUUGUAGUUUUGUUUUUUUUUUAAAGCUUUGUUCUUUGAAAAUACUUUUUAAAAAGAAAUCUACUGGUUAGAUUUAUUGUCUCACAAAAAUGUUUUUAGAGAUUAUUUUUUUCACAAAUGUUUUCUUUCUCAUGCUGAUGAUCAACUGAUUUUUGUCUACAGGUGUUAGCUUCUCACAGUAUUUUUUCAUUUUAGAGUCUAUUUACCAAAUGACCAUUUUUAGUGUUAAAAGGUACUGAGGAAUUGAGAUCUGUAAAUCAGGUGACAUAAACAUGAAAAUUAUGUGCCUAAAUAUUUUUGUAAUGGUGUAAAAUAAAUACUUUUUCCUGAAAA